AUCGUCUGAGAUUGCUUUUUUCUCUCGCGAUAUGUGGCCACGCAGUGAGCAGCCCGUCUUCUGUCACCCCAGCCCGGGAGGAGGAUCCAGGGAACACUCAGACAGACUGGUGGUCUUCUGUCAUCAGCGGAAAUGUUCAAAACAGAGAAACUAAAAGCUUUGGUCAAUGAGCGACUGAAAGCCGCCGCUGAGGACAUAUUCAUCAUCUUUGAAACAACUAUUAAAGACUAUGAGGAGAUAGUUUUUCGUUCAAAACAGGAGGUCGACCACCAACAACAAAGAAGGCUGGCCGGGUGGAAAGCCCCCCUGCAGCUCUUUGUCCAGGAAGAGGACGCUCCCUCGGAGCAGUAUCACUGUGAUGACCAGGAGCCCCCGCAGAUUAAAGAAGAGCAGGUUGAGGAACUGUGGACCACUCAGGCAGGGGAAAAGCAGCAAGAAGCGGUUGAUACAAAAGAUGCUAUGUUCAAUAUAAUUUAUGUGCAAAGGAAUGAUGGCGAUGGAAAACAGUUUCCACAUCGAAACCAAGAAGUUGAAAAUAAAGACGACAAUUUGCCCAGCAGCUCAUGUGAACAGUUGAAAGCCGAACCUGAUGAAGAAGGCUGUGGUGCAUCAGCGCCAACCAGUGACUGUCAGAUGAGUGAAGUUAGUGACUAUGAAUGGAGAGACAGUGGAGGAUUUCACUCAGCUGUAAACAGGAAGAAACCACAGCAAGCUGAUGAGACAGCAGACAGGCCGUACACCUGCAGCAUGUGCAACAAGAAUUUUAGAAUUAAAUCCAUUCUGACUCGCCACAUGAAAACACACACAGGAGAGAAACCUUACAGUUGCGGUGUUUGCGGUAAAAGCUUCAUCCAGCGCUCAUAUCUGCAGACUCACAUGAACUCUCACUCCGGACAGAAACCGCACACGUGUAGUUUCUGUGGCAGAGGGUUCACACAAGUUGGAAACAUGAACGCCCACAUUCGAAUCCACACGGGAGAAAAGCCUCACAUCUGUACUGACUGUGGAAAAAGUUUUAGAGAGAAAGCGGAUCUCAUUAAGCACACAAUAAUUCACACUGGUGAGAAACCCUACAUUUGUAUUGUAUGUAAUAUGAAAUUCAGUGCUCAGUCUAAUUUAACACGCCACAAGAAGACUCAUUCAGGGGAUAGGCCAUAUAGUUGCACUGCUUGUGGGAAAAAAUUCAUUCGGCGCUCCCAUUUAAUUAUUCAUAUGAAGACUCACGCAGAGAAUCUCUAGACUGGAUAAAUUAUUAUAUUCGCUCUGUUAUUUAUUUGAUAAAUUCCUAGGUAGAAUGGACUAAGACAAUGUAUAAACACUUUUUGUAAAACCCAUUUUUUCUAUGAGUUGUUACUAUAUAGUUUAGCUGUAACAUACUCAGCAAGUUGUAAUAGUGUAUGUUUCAACAGGUGACAUUAAAUAAAGCAAGGGGGCGUUAGAAUGUCCUCAAAAAUAAUCA